GGGUAGUCCUAAAACAAACACAUUUUCUGGAAUCCGUUAUCGUUAGUUAAUAAUAGUCGGAUGGACGUGUUUUUGUGUGCGAGUAUUUUUGUUAUUGCUCUCGCACGCACACGCUCUAUGAGUUUGAGGAAUCUGGAGUGUGGUGGGAGUAGCUUCAACAGUUUCUCUUGUAUAAAAUAGAUGGUACCGAGUUCAUAAAUACCACACGGUCACAAGACUUCAGUUUGGUCAAAUUAUUCUACGGUCAGCAAGUGCGCCAAAAUGAUGAUGAUCUUCUUGUUCUUUUUGUUGAGCUGUGCAGCAACUGUCUUCUCAGAGGAAGUUGCCGUCAAGAAGAUUCCAAUAUUUGGGCCGAACUACUUCACGGUCGUGCACGACGAACUGGGCAGACCUAUCCAGAAGUUCAUCCCCACCCCCGAGCACAUCUACAAGGGUCUCAUCGAAAAGCCGACCCUGGUGCUCUACAAAAUCGCCGCUGAAGACAAAUUCUCCUUCAACUUUGCUCCUGAGGGCAUCGCCAAAUUGCUGAAGGAUACUAAGUACAAGAGCCUGCACGAGUUGAUCGCGAACAACAACGAUUUGCAUGCUGUUGUCUUCCCCAAGGCUGCUUUCCCCCUGCACCACUUCAAGGAUUCCACUAAGCCAAUUGUCGUCCCCGAACACUCGACCAGUCUGGAUGGUUUGCUCGAGGACCCCUUGUUCGUGGUGCUUGUCAAGAAGGACGAUUUGUCCAAACUGAGUGCAGUCGCCAAGCUUGGAGCCAUCGGUGAGCUUGAACUGGAGGGAGAGACGGUGCGAAUGUCCCGAGCCCUGGAAGUGCAACAGCCUACAGCAUACUCCCCCCAGCCAUCCCCCACCUACUACUACAUCUACCCCAGCCCCCACUCGCAGACCCCCUACUCGUUCAGUCCACCUGUGAUCGGUGCUGUCAUCCCAGCUCUGGAGCCCGCCAAGAUACCCUCCAAUGUUGGCCCAUACUUCUUUUAAUCUAGAUAUAAUUGUUAGGUAAUUUAGAUCUCUCUAGUUUAAAGUAUUUUAAAUAAAAACCUUAACUUAUAUUUGUA